AAUUUUACGCGGCGCGCGACGGGCCGAAACACCGAGAAUGAAUAUCCCGGUCUCAACCGGUUUCAACCGGUCCGUGGUUGGAAGCAUGAGCUUAGAGGAAGAGCACACUUGCACGCACUAAAACAUCUCUGCUCUCCACCAGUGAAUCCGAAUAGAACCAGAAAUAAAAACGAGACUUUGACUCCGUUAUUAUGAGCCGGGAUAGCGCCUUAAAGUGACUCCGUGAGGCUGUGCUGUUAGCUUAGCUUACAUUAGAACCAGCAUUGACUUUCUAUUAGCAUGCUAACCUGCUGCUAGUGUGGUGGGAGUCGGCUGUGAUCACUGAUAGCUAGAGACAGAUUUAAAACUGGGCUGAGGCAGGAAACAACAGGCUGUUUAAAGCUUCGGGCAGCUUAUCAUAAAUAAGAAUCGAUCAGUUAUAAACGGAACCGUGUUUGAGUGUCAGACUGAAGCUAACAUUAGCCUUUAGCUCCCAGCGGCUAGCAGCAGUUUUACCGUGUGCCAUGAGAUAACACUGCUCUGCUGCUGUGAACGCGUCUAGGAGAUUGAAAUCCCUGUUCUAAAGCUCUAACCAGGAGCUGACCUUUACCUGUUACCGACGAGUGGACGAACGCACCAGAAGCUCUAUGCCAGCAGAAAUGACGAUGUUGGCCGAUCACCCAGCCAGACAGCUGCUGGACUUCAGUCAGAAACUUGACAUCAACCUGUUGGACAAUGUUGUCAACUCCAUGUACCACGACAUAGGAUCCCAGCAACGAGUGGCCCAAGAAGUUCUCACCAACCUGAAGGACCAUCCAGAUGCCUGGACGAGGGUCGACACCAUCCUGGAGUUCUCCCAGAACAUGAAAACUAAAUAUUACGCUCUUCAGAUCCUGGAGACAGUCAUCAAAACACGCUGGAAGAUUCUCCCUAGGAAUCAGUGUGAAGGCAUCAAGAAAUAUGUUGUUGGUCUGAUCAUUAAGACUUCGUCUGAUCCUACAAACAUGGAGAAAGAGGGAGUGUACAUUUCCAAGCUCAACAUGAUCCUCGUACAGAUCCUGAAGCAGGAGUGGCCCAAACACUGGCCCACUUUCAUCAGCGACAUCGUAGGAGCGAGUCGGACAAGCGAGAGCCUCUGCCAGAACAACAUGAUCAUCCUCAAACUGCUCAGUGAGGAGGUCUUCGACUUCUCCAGUGGACAGAUGACCCAGGUCAAAGCAAAGCACCUCAAAGACAGCAUGUGCAACGAGUUCUCCCAAAUAUUCCAGCUGUGCCAGUUUGUGAUGGAAAAUUCCCAGAAUGCCCCGCUGGUUCAUGCCACUUUGGAGACUCUCCUCCGCUUCUUAAAUUGGAUUCCUUUAGGCUACAUCUUUGAGACCAAGCUCAUCAGCACUCUGGUCUACAAGUUCUUGAACGUUCCCAUGUUCCGUAACGUGACGCUGAAGUGUUUGACAGAAAUUGCCGGAGUGAGCGUCAACCAGUACGAGGAGCAGUUUGUCAACCUGUUUACCCUCACCAUGUGCCAGCUCAAACAGAUGCUGCCUUUGAACACCAACAUCAGACUAGCCUACGCCAACGGGAAGGACGACGAGCAGAACUUCAUCCAGAACCUGAGCCUGUUCCUCUGCACGUUCCUUAAAGAGCAUGGCCAACUUAUCGAGAAGAGACCCAACCUGAGGGAGACGCUCAUGGAGGCUCUGCACUACAUGCUGCUGGUGUCAGAGGUGGAGGAGACGGAGAUCUUUAAGAUCUGUCUGGAGUACUGGAACCACCUGGCAGCAGAGCUCUACAGGGAGAGUCCCUUCUCCACCUCCAGCACCCCUCUGCUGUCAGACGUCCCCCCACGCAGACACCUCUACCUGCCAGUGCUCUCACAGGUGCGUCUGCUGAUGGUGAGUCGGAUGGCCAAACCAGAGGAGGUUCUGGUGGUGGAGAACGACCAGGGCGAGGUGGUCAGAGAGUUCAUGAAGGACACAGAUGCCAUCAACCUUUAUAAAAACAUGAGGGAGACGCUGGUGUAUCUGACCCAUUUGGACUACGCUGACACUGAACGCAUCAUGACGGAGAAGCUCCACAACCAGGUGAACGGCACCGAGUGGUCAUGGAGGAACCUGAACAUGCUCUGCUGGGCCAUCGGCUCCAUCAGCGGGGCGAUGCACGAGGAGGACGAGAAGAGGUUCCUGGUCACCGUCAUUAAGGACCUGCUGGGCCUGUGUGAGCAGAAAAGAGGGAAGGACAACAAGGCCAUCAUAGCCUCAAACAUCAUGUACAUCGUGGGCCAGUAUCCUCGCUUCCUCCGAGCUCACUGGAAGUUUCUGAAGACCGUCGUCAACAAGCUGUUUGAGUUCAUGCACGAGACUCAUGAUGGAGUCCAGGACAUGGCGUGUGACACCUUCAUCAAGAUCGCCCAGAAGUGCCGCCGUCAUUUUGUCCAGGUUCAGGUUGGCGAGGUGAUGCCCUUCAUCGAUGAGAUCCUCAACAACAUCAACACCAUCAUCUGUGACCUGCAGCCACAGCAGGUCCACACGUUUUACGAGGCUGUUGGCUACAUGAUCGGAGCUCAGACGGACCAGGCGGUCCAAGAGCUCCUCAUAGAGAAGUACAUGCUGCUGCCAAACCAGGUGUGGGACAGCAUCAUCCAGCAGGCCACCAAGAACGUGGACAUCCUGAAGGACGCAGAGACGGUUCGUCAGCUAGGGAGCAUCCUGAAGACCAACGUCAGAGCCUGCAAAGCUGUCGGCCAUCCUUUUGUGGUGCAGCUCGGACGGAUCUACCUGGACAUGCUCAACGUCUACAAGUGCCUGAGUGAAAACAUCUCCUCAGCUGUCCAGACCAACGGUGAGAUGGUGACCAAACAACCUUUGAUCAGGAGUAUGAGGACGGUGAAGAGGGAGACCCUGAAACUGAUCUCCGGCUGGGUCAGUCGCUCCAAUGACCCUCAGAUGGUGGGAGAGAACUUUGUGCCCCCCCUGUUGGAGGCGGUGCUCAUCGACUACCAGAGGAACGUCCCUGCUGCUCGAGAGCCUGAGGUCCUCAGCACCAUGGCAACAAUCGUCAACAAGCUUGGUGCCCACAUCACCGGAGAAAUCCCCAAGAUCUUUGACGCCGUCUUUGAGUGCACUUUGAACAUGAUUAACAAGGACUUUGAAGAAUUCCCCGAGCACAGAACUCAUUUCUUCUACCUCCUACAAGCUGCCACCUCCCAGUGCUUCCCAGCCUUCCUGUCCAUCGCUCCGGCCCAGUUCAAACUGAUCCUGGACUCUAUCAUCUGGGCCUUCAAGCACACCAUGAGGAACGUGGCCGACACAGGUCUGCAGAUCCUCUACACCCUCCUACAGAACGUGUCUGCAGAGGAAUCAGCAGCACAGAGCUUCUAUCAGACGUACUUCUGUGACAUCCUGCAGCACAUCUUCUCCGUGGUCACUGACACCUCCCACACUGCAGGUCUGACCAUGCACGCCACCAUCCUGGCCUACAUGUUCAACCUGGUGGAGGAGGGGAAGGUCAGCGUCGCUCUGAACGCCGCCAACUCUGCCAACAACCAAGCCCACGUCCAGGAGUACAUCGCCAACCUGCUGAAGACAGCCUUCCCACACCUGCAGGACGCCCAGGUGAAGGUGUUUGUCACUGGUCUGUUCAGUCUCAAUCAGGACAUCCCGGCCUUCAAGGAGCACCUGAGGGACUUCCUGGUCCAGAUCAAGGAGUUCGCUGGCGAGGACACGACAGACCUGUUCCUGGAGGAGAGAGAGACGGCGCUACGCCAAGCCCAGGAGGAGAAACACAAGAUCCAGAUGUCGGUGCCCGGCAUCCUUAACCCCCACGAGCUGCCUGAGGAGAUGUGUGACUGAAGCGGCAGCGACAACGGCGUGAAAAGAACGGCUCUGAGACGGAGAGCCAGGACACCUCCUGUUGAUAAUUAGCCCCCCCGUCUGUGUUUGAAAAGAGAACGAGGGGCCGGAGGACGGGCCCCGGCACUCAGUUAUACGUCGACCAAAUCAAUGUCUAUAUGUAAAUGAGAAUGGACCCUAACCCCACACCGUGCUCGGAUUCCUUUUUGUCCCCAUCUUAUUUUAUACAAACAUUUUUGUGUUUCAUCCAUUUUUUUGCUUAUUAAAGCUUUAUUAUUUUUUCAUCUUUUACACCUGCAUGAAGUGGAAAAGAUCGAUUCUUUUCCGUGGAUCACCCCCCCUCCCUCCUCUGUUAAUAUGUAAAAUAUGAUGAUGAUGAUGAUGGUUAGCCAUCAGACGGCUCUGCUCUCUGAUGUGAUGAAUGUGAUGGGGUCGGCGUGUGCUUCCCUGCUUCCUCUGUUGUUUUUCGGUUUGUCCGUGUUUUUUUCUUUUUUGUUGUUGUUUCUUUUACGUCGGCUCUCUGAUGGAGCCGGAGCUUCAGUUGGACCGCUCUGCGUUUGGAUGAGAAGGAAGGCUGUGUGCAUAUCAUCCUGUUUGUAAAGCUGUCUUAGUACUCUGAGAAUAUAAAGUUGGCUAUUUUUA